ACACGUCAUCCGAGGUCUGAUGGUGAAGUGGGCACUAGUUCACGAAAGCCGAUACUAAAUUAAACGUGUUAGUCUUGCUACAAGAAGAGACUCUUAUUUCUCAGACAGCAACGCCGUCUUGCCACUGACACUGGAAUUAAGGAGUUAAGGAGACUUGCAAUGACCUCCAGCCCACCAAGCGGCGCCCGCCAGCAGUUUUCUCCGGCUGCGACUUACUCCUUUGCGCAUGCUCGACCCGGACGAAAGGUUCCUCGGAGUGUUCGGAAGUGGAAACCGGCGUGCAGGCAGGGAUGAUGGGGGCCAGGGUGACCCGCGUGUUUACCAAUUUCAAUCUGGAGAGCCGAGCGCACCGGGAAAUCAGCAAAGUCAAGCCCUCCGCCGCCCCGCGACAUCCCACCACAGCCCCGCAGGACUACCCUGCUGGAUUCCAAGAAGAAAUUAAGAAAAAAGAUGAACGCAUUAACAUCUUAUUAAAAGAUGUUUAUGUAGAUUCUACGGAUCCUCCUGCACAUGUAAAAAAUGAAAGCAGAAUCCUCCCAGCUAAGCCAGAGGAGCACCGACUUACAAAAGUAGGCCAUUUUGGCCACCUGGAUAUUCAGACUAUUUCUAAAGGCAAAAUCUCAGUAGUUGAAGCCUUGACCAUUCUCGAUAAUCAUCACCGCUCUCCACAGGCAUGGACUGCAGAGAGAAUAGCAAAGGAAUACUCCCUAGAAUUGAAGGAUGUGACUGCUCUCUUAACCUUCUUCAUCCCUUUUGCUGUUGAAAUCUUUCCUCCUAAAAACCAAAAGGCUCUAAACUCUAGAUAAAGAUGUCUGCCAAAUCUUCACUGACCUUGCUAAUGUGUUCUGUAAACUAUACAUCUAAUUCGCUUUCCCCCCCUUAAAUGAAAAUCUCUUGAAUGUGUCUUAUGUAAGUGGUAUCUGCAUUUUUUUGUCAUUGCUGCAUUCAUAACACCUCCUAGUCAUGCCACUGUGAAGCAGGAGUCAGUCCUCAGCAAAAUCCAUGAAGGUAUUCUAGAAACAGUUGUCUGGAAAAUAGUCUGUUCCAAACCAAUUGGCUAUUACUCAUAUUGCAAACAACAAAAAUGCAUUAUCUGUGAAUCUGGUCAUCUUUGGUCCAAGCUCUGCAGAAGCUCUUGUUAUAGCAUUCUGUAAAUAGUUAUAAUUAAAGCAAAGGAGAGCUGCAGUGUGUUUUUUCUUCUAAGAAAUUAGAGAGGCAUUGCAUCUGAUAAUAUGGGAGGGAGUGUGUGAAAGACAAAAUAGGGAAAAAAUUAUUUAGGUUGGACAUUUUAUUUUUUGUUAUAGAUGUUUUAAACAAAUGGCAUUUGAACCAAAUACAAUUUUGCUUUUUUGUGGUGGCAUACUGGAUAUAACUGUGGUUAUCAAAAUGGUGACAGCUGUUAAUGUCUUUGGUUCAUGCCAAUAAUUAUUGACAGCACGCCUGAAAAUAACUAAUUUUGUACUACAUUGUCUCAGCUUCUCAAUGAAGACCCUGUGGCCUAUGCCUGACUGGAAAUCUCUGUUGAUUUAAACCAGGGCUGCACAACUGUGACCCUCCCAGCUGUUUUUGGACUACAACUCCCAUCAUCCCAUCACAGUGGCUAGCAGACGGGAAUUAUGUGAGUUGUAGUCCAUCUGCAGGAACUGAUUUAGAGGGAACUGUUAUAUUUUCAUUCUAAUACUAUUGCCUUCUACUACCUACUGUGUUUGGCUGUAGAUUGUUAUGUACCACAGUACUGACCCAGAAAUAAUUCCAAUAUAUAUAUUUUAGGCUGACUUUAUGUUAAGUGGGACAGUGUACCUGUAUCUUCUGGGAGUUUGGUAGAAGAGGGAAUUCCAAAAUAAGCUGGUUGUCAUUCAGCAGUAAGAAAAGCUACAUCUGUUGAAAUUUCUUGUGCUUUACAUUUAAUCAUCCAUGUUUUUGUGACAUGUUAAAACAGUAACCACUGGGCAAGACCAUGACUACAUUUUUUAUACAGCAGUAUGUGUGAAAGAGUGUGAAUGAGAAUAGACUUUAGUUUGCAACACGUUUAUUUUUCACAUUAUUGGUCGUGGGACCAGUAGGCUAUUUUUAAUAUUGAAAACAUCAACAUAUGACCAUGAAGCUGUUGAGUUGGGCACCUGAAGUUCUGGACAUUUCUCCAGGGAAGCUCAACCUAGAAUGCAUGACAGUACUCUAAAUAUGAUGUAACUAAUACAUGUCACCAUAGCCAGAACUGCUUUUUCCAGGAAUGGAUGGAACUGGCACACCAGAGGAGGAGAACAAUUUCCUCCCCCUGCCCACUCAAAAAGUCCUUUUGUCUUCCAGAAAUAUAUCCUUGAGGCCUGUGUGAUCCUCAGGAACAUAUUUGUCGAAGCCAAAAGUGCUUUUAGAGGGAGGGGAGACAAACAAAAAUAGCUUUCCCCCAUGCAGUCCGCUGUGGUAGAAGCCUUAUCCGCAGCUACUCUGCAGCCUCCUUACAAGGAUGCAGCUGGUCUUCCACCCUUCUACAGCUGCAGAGUAUGUGGGUGACUGUGACUUUAAAAAAGGAGUUGAUACAGCUAAUCUUGACUAUAACACAAGACAUUGACCACAAUUCAGAAGAAUAGUUUAGGCAGACUGGUGUUUGCUCACAUCCAUUGUUAUAAUAUUUCUUUUUAAUGUCAGACUCUACCACGUCAUAUCAAUAAUUCCUCUCAAUUUCAAAAGCAGAUUUAUUUUCUGGUGUGGGACAUUCCAUUUUCAAGAAACAGGCCCCAAACCCUGCUUGGCCUAUGGAGCUAACUGCAUGACUUAAUUUUUUUUACAACUUAGUGAAUAAGGUCUCAUGAUUCCAAUUUUUGUACAACUGAUAAGGAAUUCAGGUAAAAGUGUAUCGUUAAUGUGUUGUCCGUGUUUCUUGUAAGUUCUUUUCUGUUUUUCAUCUUGGACUGAUUUUUAUAUACCAUUUUAUGGCACACAGUUAUGUCACAGUCUUAUUAACACUAUUUUUAUUACGUAUUUAUAUAUUGCUUUUUAACAAAAAUUUCGUAAUGUGCAUAGCAAAAAGAAGAAAAUAGGGACGUGCAUGAAUCAAGGUUCAAACACUGAUUUGAAGCCGAACCUAUUUGUGGGACUGCUGAACCAAUCCAACUGGUGAAGUGUGGCGCCAGGGAUGGCAGAGAGCAGCACCUUUAAAAGUGAGGAGAGCAGCUCCUUACUUACCUGCUCCACUGUCAUGCCCUGCAGCUUCCUGCUGCAGUGGCACAGCCCCCCACCCAGCAGCCUGUACUUGCCAGCAGCAGUCCCCCCAGCAGCCCGCAUGCCGUGAUGCAGUGGCAGCAUGCACAUGGCGCAGAGACCAUGUGUGUGCCGCUGCUGCACAAGGGCUGUUGAGAGGAGCACGACUGCAGCAGGAAGCUGCCUGCUCCCCUCACUUUUAAAGGUGCUGCUCGCCGCCGGCACCGUACUCCACUAGUCGAAUUGAUCUAGCGGCCCCACGAACUGGUUUGGCUUCGAAUCAGUGCUUGAACCUCGAUUCGUGCAUAUCCCUACCAGAAAAUGGCUCCCUGUCUCAAAGAGCAGUCUAAAAAUAAACUCGAGGGAGGCACUAACAGCCAGUGCAGUGCAGUGCUGUGAUGAAUAGGAACAGCUGCUAUCCCUUGCUAAACAGAAGAGAAUCACCAUUUUGAAAGGGGCUUGUUUCCCAGUUAGCUGGAGGCUGCUUUAAAAAAAAUGUGUAGGAAGAAAUUUAAUAUUUCUGCAAUAGUAGUUUUCUCCCAUUCCAGGCCUGAACACACGUGCUUGGAAAGAAGAGCUGAUUCAUACAUGAUACAUUUGCUCAUAUAUAUAUGUUGGAUACACUCUUGAAAUAGGAAGAUGCAGAGGAAGCUUUCUUGAGAGGAAUUCUGCAUCCUUGUCGCAGCUCAAGUUCAAGUGAAUUGACUACUAGUAUACACAGAUAUUUGCAUGCCCUAUUUCAUAAUGUAUACAUUUGGUUUUGUUGUAGUAGUAUAAUUGGGAUGUACCUACCUGCUUGAUCUUAUAUAUGCUUGCUUUGAAUAAGUAUAAAGGAUCUAAUUUAGAUGGAUUUCCCAGGGCAAAGGUUAUGAUGCCACUAUGAUUCAAUGUAGUCAUGUUCAUUUAAUGUAUCUGUAGGUGAAACUGUUCAUGAUAUUUUUUUGUUUGUUUUAGCAACUUGGAAAAACUAGUAUUUCAGUUGGGUGCAGAUCUUUUAUGGAAUUCUUAUACUUCUGUGGAGAAAUGCACCACUUAUUUUAACUGGCUAAAUACAAGUGGCAUUUGAGGUUA